AAAAAUAUCGAUAAAAGAUUCAAUCAAACGGCUUUCUCAGUUUACAAACAAACUUGUUUCCGUGAAAUUUUCCAUUAAAUACGUGAUUUCUGUGUAAUUUUUAGUGUUUUUCUUCAAGAGGGAAUUUCUGCUGGACGUUCUGGAGGGACUACAAGUCCGUAAGUGAUGAAUUCAUUAGAGGUGCAGGGACAAUCCAAUGGGGUUGACGUUGAUAUGGACGAGGCUCAGCUGUCAGAUGAUGAAGAAGGAGGAACACGUAUCGGAGACAUCUACAUUCCACCUCCGGUGCCACCGUACUGUUCUGCAGAAAGCAAAGGACCUCGCUUGAUAAUCACUCACAUUGUCAAUGAGAACUUCAAAAGUUAUGCCGGGAAAAUUACUCUGGGACCAUUCCAUCAGAGCUUCACUGCCAUUGUUGGCCCAAAUGGAAGCGGGAAGAGUAAUGUGAUUGAUUCCAUGCUCUUCGUUUUUGGCUACAGAGCCCAGAAGAUUCGUUCAAAGAAGAUGUCUGUGCUCCUGCACAAUUCCGCGGCAUUUCCCAACGUUACCAGCUGCUGUGUUGAGGUGCACUUCAAGGAGAUUCUCGAUAAACCCGAUGGAACGUGUGAGAUCAUCCCCAAUAGUGGAUUUAUCAUUUCCCGCAGUGCUUCCAAGGAUAAUUCUUCCUUUUACACCAUCAACGAUCGCCGGGUGCAGUUCAAGGAGGUUUCCAAGUUGCUAAAGCAGCAUGGCAUUGAUCUGGAUCACAAUCGUUUCCUCAUCCUUCAGGGUGAAGUGGAAUCCAUAGCCAUGAUGAAGCCAAAAGGAGCCACAACGGAGGCAAAUAAGAAUGAAUGUGGGCUCUUGGAGUAUUUGGAGGAUAUUGUGGGUACCACACGGUACAAAGAGCCCCUUGUGAAGAUUAACGAUAAAGUAAUAAUGUACAGUGAGGAGCGUCUGGAGAAGCACAAUCGCUGCAAACUUGCCGAGCGUGAGAUUAAGGAACUCGAUAAACCAUAUGAGGAUGCCGUGGAGUAUCUACGAAGUGAAAAUCAACUCAUCCGCAAUAAGAAUCUCUUUCUCCAGAAGAAAAUGAGCGAAGAGGUGAAGGUUCUGGCAGAGUAUGAAGAGAGUAAAAAGGAGAUUGCCGAGGAGCUACGUGUUCACAAUGAGAAGUAUGACAAAUUGAAGGAGGAACGCAUUGAAUUGGAGGGAAUUGUGAAGAAGGAUUCGCAGGAUUAUGCAAAUCUCGUGAAGAAGCUGGAGAAAACGAAGAAGGAUCACGAGAAUGUAACGUGUCAGUAUGCUGAGGUACAGUCCCUCAUGCAAUCCACAAAUGUCCGGCGGAAGAAGACAAUGACUCAGGUGGAGAAGGAGAAAGCCACGCUGGAGGAGCAGAAAGCCAUGCCGGAGAAGGUGAAGAAAGAAAUUGAGGAGUGUCGGGAGAAAAUUGAAUCUCUCACAACUGAGAAAGCCACCGAAGAGGAACGUCUCGCCGCGAAUCUUGCCUCCCUCGAGGGUGAAACGAGGGCUCUCAAUGAGAAGCGGGAGCCACUUGAGAAUGAUCUGAUUGGUUUGCAGGAGGCAGUGAAUGAGGAUCGUGCUGCCCUGAACACGGUUGAGUCAGAACUCAAAGUAUGUCAGUACAAUGAAAAAAUGGAGGGGAGGAAGUACUAUUCCCUAAAGACAGCCUACGAGGAUGCCCAGAAGACACUGCAGGAGAAGGAAGAUGCUCUGAAGGAAGUAACUCAGAAUCUCCCCAAAGCCAGGGAGGAUCUCAAAGCAGCGCAAGAAGAACUAAAGGAGAAUAAGGAGAAGGAAGGGGAGACUCGUAUGAGACUACAGAAAGUUCGUACGAAUCUCGAUGAAGUCACAACAAACAUGCAGGCAGCUCAGUCACGAGACAAGGUGGUCAAUUCGUUGAUGCGUCAGAAGCAAUCGGGUAACAUUCCGGGAAUCCUUGGGCGUCUCGGGGAUUUGGGAGGCAUCGAUGCAAAGUACGACGUGGCCAUAUCAACGUGCUGCGGGCGUCUCGAUGACAUCGUCGUGGACACCGUGGACACAGCACAGGCUUGCAUUGAGUACCUAAAGAAGCACGACAUUGGUCGAGCGUCAUUCAUAGCGCUCGAGAAGAUGGAAUAUCUGCGGCAGAACUGCGAACAGCGCCGGAACUACCCUGAAGGUGUUCCACGUCUCUUUGAUCUGAUCAAAGUGGAGGAUCCGCGUGUAUCGGUGGCUUUCUACUUUGCCCUGCGCGAAACCCUCGUGGCAGCGGAUCUCGAACAAGCCUCUCGCAUUGCCUACGGAGCCACGCGUUAUCGAACAGUCUCCCUGAAAGGUGAUGUAAUUGAGACUUCCGGUACAAUGUCCGGUGGUGGACGAUCCGUUGUGCGUGGCAGGAUGGGACAGCACGUGGCGACAAAAACAGGUGGAGCAACACCAAAAUCCCGCAAAGAAAUCGAAGGGAUGCAAGUGAUGGCUCAGGAGCUCCAGACCGAAGUGAAUUUCCUGCAGGAGGAACAGGGAAGGCUCAUGCGUAAGAUCAGUGAGCUUGCAAAUGAGAUUCGCCUGAAGGAGACGGAGGAGAAGAAGAUUCUUGUAAACAUUAAGAGUUUCCGGCAGCAAUUGCCACAUAUGCGGGAGCAAGUUGAGCGGCAAGAGGUGAAGAAGAAUGAAACUCUGGCCGAUCCGGAGCGUGUAAAGGAGCUCGAGGGACAAAUUGAGGAGCGCAAGGAGAAAUUGGAGAAGUCCGAGGAGGCCGCUAAGAAGAUAUCUGAUCAAAUUCUCGGGAUAAAUCGUCAAAUUGGCAAGAUUACGGACAGCAAAGUCAAAGUGGUCAAGGACAAGAUUGCCGACCUAACGAAGAAGAUUGAUAAACUCACGACACAUGUGAACAAAAUGACGGCGACUCUCAACAGUGCCGAUCACACACGGAAGAAGCUGGAGGAGAAGAUCCAGAGCUUGCAGGAAGAGAUUGAGGAGGCAGCAAAUUGCAUUCGUGAAAAGAGUGAGGAGCGAACACAGCUGGAACAAAGAGCAAAUGAGCUCAAGCAGGAGAUUGAUGAACUUCAGGAAGAGAUUGCUGAGGCCAAGAAUAAGAGUAGUGGAGCUUCCAGUCGUAUAGCUGAAAUUGCAAAGCUCGAAAGUGCUGGACAAAUUGCCAAGGUGGAGAUUGAUGAUAAAUUCCAGGCAAUUGAGAAGAAAAUCAAGGAGAUUAAUGAUAAAAUUCCCGCGUGGCAGAAUCACAUAAAGUCCCUGAAACUUCAGGAGAUUCCCAAUGAGAGCGAAAUUGAGCCACUAAAGACGUACACAGAGCAGGAGUUGGAGUCAUACAUCCUUACGGAUUUGAAUUACCAAAUUACCGUGUUGGAGGCUAAAUUGAAGUCCAGCAAACCCAAUUUGUCCGUAAUUCAGGAGUACAAUCAGAAACGCGAUGUCUACCUGCAGCGUGUUAAGGUCCUCGAGGAAGUCACAAAGAGGCGCAAUGACUUCCGGACGUUGUACGAUGAAGUGCGGAAGAAGAGAUUCACAGAAUUCAUGCAGGGCUUUGGGAUUAUCUCCAAGAAACUCAAAGAGAUGUACCAGAUGAUCACCCUGGGAGGUGAUGCUGAGCUGGAUCUUGUUGAUUCAAUGGAUCCCUUCAGUGAGGGCAUAAUGUUCAAUGUACGUCCACCGAAGAAAUCCUGGAAGAUCAUCUCCAAUCUCUCAGGUGGUGAGAAGACUCUCUCAUCAUUGGCUCUUGUCUUUGCUUUGCACUACUACAAACCAUCACCACUCUACGUUAUGGAUGAGAUUGAUGCUGCGCUGGACUUCAAGAAUGUCUCCAUUGUGUCCCACUAUAUAAAGGAAAGAACAAAAAAUGCCCAAUUCAUCAUAAUCUCCCUCCGUUCGAAUAUGUUUGAAUUGUCCAACAAUCUUGUGGGUAUUUUCAAAGUUAACGACUGCACGGAUUCCAUCACAGUGGACAAUCUCGUGCCACACGAAUAUGAGGAGAUUGCCGAUGAGAAUGCAAGAUUCUCCCAGAUGACGCAAGCCCCCACGCAGGUUCCUCAACUAUCUCCGCAGACACCUCAACUAUCUCCGCAAACACCUCAACUAUCAACCAACAUGGAUCUUGCUUUUGGAAUGAGUGAAGUGAAUGCCGUUGAAUCGGCUUAAUUCUUUUUGUUUUUCUGUAGUUUUCUUUUUCAAAUAAAAUGUAGAUGUUCAAUAAGAAGUAAAUGUGAAGCUCAACGAGCUCAACCUUCAAA